CGUGUGGACGAUGGGGAAUGGGAUGGCUCAUGGAUUUUCACUGAUUUCAAUCACUGACCUCAUGGACUUCAAAGUUAACUUGACAAACUUGAAAAAGUAACGUUGUUGAAGGUCACGAGUUUUUGGUCUGCUUUGCGGUCCAUCGUUCUAUGACGUACCUCCAGAGACGUAAUAAAACCUCGCAGAGAGGAGGAUACCAGACACACAAUCAUCAAUCCACGAAACUUGUCUUGUGCUCAACUAAUACAAUUGACCAGUCUAACCAGGCAGAAGCGUAGACGCCUUUUCACCUUUUUGAUAACGGGGUCCUAUGAACUUGCUGGUGAGUAAAAUAGUCAAACUGACAAAUACGAAGUCCAAUCAGAAUCGGGUACAUUGAGAUUAGAACCAAUGAGAAUCAUAUCCCCGCCAGAGUGGGGUGGGUGUGUGUCAUAAUGCUCAGGUGCAGCACACUUUAACGUGAAAAGCAUGCAGUGAGGAAUCGUCGCUAAGAGGGCCCUGUACGAACCUUGACAGGAAGGAAAAGGAAAUUUAAGCAAUUGUCUUCAGCGUAUGUAAGAAAAACAGUUGGUCUUUUCGGAUCCAAAAAAGAAUACUGCGCUCUGAGAAGUUUUGUACUGAUGUAACGUUAGGUUAACGAGCGAAGCACCUAACGUUACCAGUUAGCUACCUUAGUUUAGCCAGUGAAAUGUCAAUGUUACGUGUUUCAGAUUGUUUCACUGAUAUGCACUGACAAAGCUGCCCAGUCAAGUGUUUAAAACACGACGUAAUGUUAGCUACCUAAGUUAGUUUGUAAUAACCCAAUGGCCCUUUGAUGCAGUUAUUGAUCCGAGCUAACCCUACAGCUAGCUAGCUAGUGUUGUGACCUAACCUUGCGUCACUGUUUUAAUCUUCAUACCUACAGUGACAUUGGAAACCUGAUACCCCAUAUCGUUAAAGAUUUAAGAUCGAUUUAAAUUAUAGAGAUACUAACUGCCAUUGGUUUGGGUGAUUUAGUCAGCUAGUUGAUGUUAGCAGAAUGGUAUUCACCUCAUGACUGCGAUGCAUGUGGCGUUUCUGCUUUAAUAGCCAACUUUUUUUGAAACCAGUGAUAUUUUGAAACCAGUGAUAAAGGAGUUGGUGGACAGACAAUUCUGACCAUUUGACGAGUAGUUAGUCCUAGUUAGAUCGAAUAAACAAUUGACGUUGCGUAACUGGUGGCUCCUUGCACAAAUUCGUGGUCAAAAAUGUUUCCGUCCAUGCAACGCCGCCCUAUCUGCGACAUUGGUAUCCGCGCAAUCCGGCUACAGAACUCGACCAGAUAUUUGAGGGACUGUCCAGGCAACAGCAAGGGCAACGCCAAACCUGGAACUGCUGCAUGGCUAGGCCAACGUGUGGGCCUGAUGCUCACAUGGCUCAAGAGAGCCGCAGAAGGUACAGCUGAGACGACCUCGGGGAAGAAGCAAGGCAUGAUGUCCAUUUUUGCCAAUCACUGUAGUUUUGUCACGGGCCAGAGGCUUCGGCGUGCUUUUCAGAUCGGUGAAUUAUACUCCAACCUGUACUCUGAGCGCACCAGAUCGACGCUUGUAGUUAACAUAUGGCGCCGUUUGCAAAGCAAAGGUGCUCCAACUAGGAAACUGCUCGCUGCCUUGGCGGGGGUCUUCAUGUGGGAUGAUGGGAAGAUUCAAGAUGAGGAGCUUCGCAGGUGUGCAUGGGAGCUCCAGGCUUUGGAAACUGUUAAGACUUCGAGUGCUGCUCCAGAGAAGUUUGCUGGGCAGAAGGAUGCUGGCUGGGAGGUCGUCAUUGAAAAGAAGUCCUUCAUGGUGUGGAGACGACCCAUUGAAGGAAGCCACCUGUUUGAGUACAGAGUAUUUGGCUCCUAUACUGAUAUCACCCCUAGGCAGUUCUUCAAUGUACAGUUGGACACGGAGUACAGGAAGAAUUGGGAUGCUUUGGUUAUCAAACUGGAGGUGGUGGACAGGGAUGCCAACUCCGGCUCCGAGGUGGUGCAUUGGGCAACACACUUUCCUUACCCCAUGUAUUCAAGGGACUAUGUGUAUGUACGUCGCUACAACGUGGAUGUGGAAAAAAACCUGAUGGUCCUAGUCUCAAGAGCUGUGGAGCAUCCAAGCAUCCCUGAGACCCAAGACUUUGUUCGAGUACACUCCUACCAGUCCAGGAUGGUGAUCCGGCCCCAUCGGUCCUUUGAUGAGAAUGGCUUUGAUUAUCUGCUCACCUACAGUGAUGACCCCCAGACUGUCUUUCCCAGAUACUGUGUGAGCUGGAUGGUCUCCAGCGGCAUGCCUGACUUCUUGGACAAGCUCCAUACUGCCGCCCUACGGUCCAGGAGCUUGGAGGUCGGCGUGCACGAUUUCGCGGGCUCUGUCAAAGCACCUCCGCCUAAUCCGGAGCGCUUGGGUGGAGACAAGACGCACAACCUUGGGGGCCAGGGCCAGAUCUAUGCUUGAAGGGGUACAGAUGUUUGGGAACCUUGGCACCCCUUCACCAUCCUUGCCAUCAAAAACCUAAAAGGUUCCUCAAUGAACAUGGAAGUCACAUCAUCCGUGUGUUUUCCUCACCCCACCCCAAGCUUCCUCACGAGAGGAGAAAAAAGACUAUUGCAUGUUUUUUGCUUUUCGGUUGUUUGUUUUAUUUUCUGUUGCUUGUUUGAGGCCUCCAUGAAGCCAACUGAAGGGAAGAUGUAUUACGUCCGUGUUUGCCAGAGAUAUGCCAGAGCCAUCACUCAGUUGCAGGAACAGGAACCUCUACAAAAGGAGGGAUUGAUUUCCUGACAUAUCUUGCCUCUCUGUACGAGUGCAGCUUAACUUGGUAGCAGACAUGAGCUAAAUAUUCUUCCCUUGACUGUCAAAGAGCUUCUGUGGCCAAAAAUGUGUUCCCCUGCCUCCCCCUCAUCUUCCUAACCUGUGUGUGUGUCCAGAAAGUCCUGUGUUUGUAUGAAAUCACCUUCAAGCACUAAAUGAUUAUUCUGCUAUGCUGUCUAUGACACAUCACUCUGUCUGUAAAUUAACGUCCGGCAGGAUGGAACACACAGCUCCUGGAAACAAUAUGCAUUUUAUGUUCAACACUGAGCAUUUCUCAUGCCUCAAGCAGAAUGCAAGGGCUACCUCUGGUUGCCUCUUGCACACCCUCGUCCCUCACACCUGUCUUCACCUCAGACUGUGAAUGUCUCUUUUGUUUUUGCUAAAAAGGAAAAAAGAGACAUCAAAUAAAAACACAGCUACCACUUUGAGCCAAACAGCCUUCAGAAAGAUUACCAAUCCUCCUUGUGCCAACAAGGGGGGCGUGUCUUAUGCCAACCACUAGCAUUAUCGGUUGGAGAAGUCGCUGUGGUUUUAGGGGCAUUUUUGUUCGGGAAACAUUGCAUCCCUGCGUGACGCUCUCGUCGUUUGAGACCAGGAAUCUGUUCUCAUGUCUAGAGUGCAGACUGUAAAUGGUGUCCAGACGUUGUCCACACAGGUACUCCAGACCUGUCUACCUGAAACUCUGCAUCAGUCUGCUUUCAAGAGGAGGACUUGUGGCAGACAGUACUGUAUCUGUUUUCUUGGCUGUUUGCUUCAAAUGCCACACGUGCUAAGCUGCCCUUUCCACCAAAGCAUGACUUUCACAAAGGGACUGCAACAGGUGUACACCUCCGACUCCCGUACUCGUUGUCUGGGAUUGCCUCGAAAAGUGAAUUGGGGGGGUAUAUCUUUUCAGUCUUUUUUGCCAGAGUUCUGUGUGUAACUAAUAUGAAGUGAUGUGUUUUAGUGAUGUGUUAAACUGAUUAUUAUCCUGGAGGGGGUGGGUCCAUAUGUUCAGAGUAUGGACACGUUCGUUCAUAUUUUGGGUCUGUCAGAAUGUGAAAUUGAAGGGUUAAGAAAAAAAAAAUUGCUUGCUAGCACACUUGGGACAAAUAUGUUGACAGUUUAUUCUGGAAAGAUCUUUCUACAUGUUUGCGAGGUUGAAGUUGUUACAGACAAAUUGCAAGUUGGGUGAAAUGGAAACAUGACCUUGCAGGCAGCAUUGGUGUUUGUGGAAAAGAAAUAAGCUCUGUUGCCACUAUUUGACCUCAAACCAUAAGGAAUAAACUCACUGGCAUGGGCUGUAACUUAGAAAAUAGUCCUUUCAUUACUUUUUCUUGGAAAGCUGUGGUAGAAUUGAACUAAAAAUGUCUGUCUACCACAUGUCACUGGUCAUCAAGCACUUGAGCAAACCAUAAGUAUGCAGUCAUGUACAGCAGUCUACCAAUUGUUUGCCCAUUUUGUCUUUCUCUUAGUACACAUUUUUACCUGCGUGGCUGGUAGGUCUUAGUCACAGAUUUAUUUUUUAUUUCCUUCCAAAUUUAUAAAACCGAUUUGAUUCUUGUGGUGUCUGUUUUGUGUUUAAUAUCUUUCUACACGUUGUUCUUGAGGCUUUUGUUUUCUGUGCCACUCCAUUCUUCAUGUUAUACCAAAAUAGCAAGAAAACGUUUUGUUCAUGUGCACGUUGUCAAAUAAUCAGUUUUCAUUUCAUCUGAAGUUCGUUUUAUCAUAUUGGGAUUAAGGUUAACACGCGUCAUGUCUAUUUUAAGCAAAUGCACUAUAGUAAUACGGUUUUCCUGUAGGGAAAAACUGUUUUGUGUGCUCUAUAGAGAAAGGUAUUGCCUGUACAACCUCACUGAAUUCAAGAAUUCAUCUUUUUUUUGUGUGUGUGCGUGUUGCUGUUAUAGCAUAAUAUCGACUAACCAACAAUGUGUGUGAGCAGAUGCCUGGUUUUGUUGUUGUUUUUUUUUUAACAUUAUUUACUCAUGUUGAAAAUGUAGUUUAAAAAAAUUCAGUCUGCCAAAAGCGCGAGUUUGUUUGUUUGUUUGUUUGUUUUGGUCAUAUACUCGGAUGUUUGUUGUCCCCUUUCACUUCACCUGUAUUGUUGAUUUGUGAGCUGUCCACCCCCCCCCCCACACACACACCCCAUUUUCAGUCAAUCCAUCAACCCUUGGAGAGAAAAAGGAAGGCAGCGUUCUUUCUUUCUUUCGUUUUUGAAAAAUUUACUUUUGGUUACUGAUGUUCUGUUGCGUUGUUGUAUGAGUGUUUCUUACUUGUACAACAAGUUGAUAUAGAUCAGACGGAGCUGCUUAAACUGAUUAUUGCUGCUUAAACUGGCAAUUGAAAAUUCCAAGAAACACAGCUGAAUAUAGUGUUCACCUGACUGAAGUAUGUCAGUAUUAUAACAUUACUCCCAUCAGUAAGGAUUAAAAAUGUAUGUUGUCGUUGCUGUGGAUGAAAACUAUGUUGUCGUGCUUGAAUUGAAUGCAAGUUGUCCUUGUCCUCAACACUUGGCCACAAGAAUUCUAAUUCUGAUUGGUGUUCAUCUCACAAUGGGUAUGGGGAGAACAGGAGUGUGUAAAGAUUUAUGAAGGCAUGUGAAGAAUAUUUGUUUGAUCAAGUAUACUCCUUAAUUCAUCGGUCAAACACUUCUGGUGGGACUUUGGUGCUUGGUUAGAGCCAUACCUAAGAAUGUAACGGUUCAAGAAUUCAAGAUGUUCUUUUUUAUUAUGAAAGACGCAUUUCCUCACCUGCUAACUAGGAACUACUUACUAUUAACAAGGUAGCUUUUUCAAUUAGCAUUACUGUGUACAGGUACAACAAUUUUACUGGUGUGUGCAAAGUCCUUCUGCUAUAAUAUUUGUGAUUCCUAUAUGAUCUGUCUAACUGGUUAACAGACUUGGAGAGUGGAUGGUACAGCCAACAUGGAUUGUUGCUAUGUGAGUCUUAGCGUCAAUGUUAAAAGGAGAGUUCUAAUUAAAUACAAUAAAUCUUUUGGAGUAA